AAUCGAGCAAACAUGGGCAUGUAUUCACACAACUGACAUCGAAGUCAAAUUGAUUCAUGGAUUGCAAAAAAAUUGGCCUAAGAUUUACACACCUGCACUCGGUCCGCAUAGAUGUAUAUACAUUUGAAAAUAUGUAUAUGAAAAAGUUUUGGGUGUUGCAAUUGAAUUGGUGAUGAGAAAUGGAUCUCUAAGGCUAGUUUCUUGAAUACUUCAGCUUUGGAACUCGUGCAACACCUAUUUUGCUUCAGUCAAUAAAGAAGGUUCUGAUAUUUGAAAAUCUGCAUCAUCAGAUGAUGUUUUAUGCAGUAUUUGGAUAAUAUGCAGAGAUUGGGUUUAUUAACCUGUGAAAUAUUUUUGGACGUGGUUUUUUGAUUAUGUUCCUUGUUCACGAGCGGAUUUGAAUCAUCUGAUCAAACAUUGAGAAAUCUUGUUGGAAUUUUCUCAGUUGCCGAGUAGACUAUACAUAAACUAGCGCACACGUCCAGACAUCUGAAAAUCAUGCAGUCAAGGCAUCGUAAUGGUCCAGGGAAAGGGUACAGAUCUAAUGCGACGGGGAUGGGCAGCGUGGCCGUUGGCUCCCAUAGUUUGCCUGAAGGAACAACAAGAGGUUCUCGGAUGUAUAAUUUGAAAUAUAGGAACUAUAAUCGUGGUUCCCAAGGACGUGUUGGCCACUCAAAGCAGUUCCAGCUACCACUUGAGACUGACAUUUUCAUGGAAGCUGGUAAGUUGGCUGCUGAGUAUUUGGUUUCUAAUGGAGUGCUACCAUCAAAUGCAGUCUCAGGAAAGUGGCAAAAUGGUGUCUUGAAGAAACAGAUAGAUUCCUGUUCGAUGGAUGCUCCAGGGGAUGUAGGACCUGGUGCGAGAAGACACUGUGUUGAAUAUAAUUCAAUGGGGUCGAGAAGCUUUGCAAGAGUAAGUACAGGAGCUGAGUCCAACCAUAACAUUGGAAGAAAGAAGCCAUGGUCUGGUAGGAAUAGGGAUUCCUCCUGUUUGGAGGCUGAAGGGGCUUCUUCUGGACAUCUUGUUGGGCAGCCUGUGGAUAAAGAAGGAGAUGGUGGAGGGAAGACUUCAUCUCCUGGUGAAUUAACUCAAGAAAGUAACAAUAUGGCUGAUCCUGAGUCUGGUGGUGCUUGUGCAAAAACAAGGUGUUCUGACAAUGAGAAGGAUCUCCAAUCAAAUGCUGACGAGGAAGUCAUUAAAGACUCCAAUGAGGAGAGCCAAUCAGGAACUGGGGAGGCUAAAAAGGGAUGCCAUGACAUUGAUUUGGAGCAAAAAGAGGGCGAGAGCACGGAGGUCACAGCUUCUGCAGAGAAGGAUUUAGAGAGCAAAGAUGAUAUUGACUCAGGGAUGCACUGCGAAUUUGAAAAUGUUUCCACUAAAACUUAUUCUUCAUCAUCUAUUAGAGGUAUGCUGCUUGAUCCGAAUCCUAUCACUGAAGACGAGAACAUAAAUAAGAAUAAACUUUCUGAAGGCUCUGGAUUGCAUGCCACAGAUAUGCUCAAUGAUAGUUCUGCUGGUAUUGCUUCUUCUGGUCAAAGUCAUGAAUUAAAAAGCAUCGACUCUGACAUUCUGAAAGGUCCAACUGUGGAGGAAAAUGUGGGUGUUACACGUGUUUCGAGGACAGGACUGUGCUCAAAGGCUAGAUCUUUUCUUGACAGAUCUGUAUUAAACGAUCAAGAAGUGGAUAAGGAGUUGCAGGAAUUUCGAAGGUCCAGCUCCAUGUUUAUGGAAAGUGGCGAAAAACGAGCCUUAGUUGCUAGCUUUGAUGGUAGGGAGGGAACUAAAAAACUUAGAGAAUGGGCUCCCUUGAGAACUCGAUCUGAUGACUGCUUGCCUCGUGCUAACUCAAUGGAAACUCAGCAUAAUUCACACAAGCCAGAAACUUCAAGCAGUAAGCAUGUAAUUUUGUCUCCUGAUCAGAAGAGUUUGUGUAUUUCACUAUUUCCAAAAGGUCAUGCUGAAUCAUGUCAAUACACAGAAGAGAAACAGCUAUUUCCGGGCUCUUUUAAGACUUUCGACCUUAAUCUUAUUGAGACUUGUGAUGGGAAUGAGAAUAUCACUGGAAGUGCAAAAUUAGAAGCACCUAUUGAUGUUGAUUUGUCUAUAAGUAAUUGCUAUAGUCGCGUGUCUAAUAAAAAUGGUAAGCAUGGAGUUGAUGAUAAAGACAUUGAGGUGAUUGAUUUGGAAAUUGAUUCUGUGUAUGAAGACAAGACCUUCACUCCAGAGAGAAGAGCUGAUACUGUAUUUACUGGCCCGGAUAGCUUCCCUAAUAACGUACACGAUGCUAAUGAGAUUCCUGACAUCCGAGAUGGUUAUGGAUUUGUGAUGUCAGAAUUGCUUGGAAAUGAUAGACCUGAAUGUUCUUCUGUACCCACAGAGUUGGAUUCUCAGCACAAUGAUUUGGGCCUUCAUAAUGGAGAGGGGACUCUUUAUGAUGAUGACCAGAUAUAUAUGUCUCUUGGAGAAAUACCAUUCAGCUUUCUGAAGGACUGGGAGCGGCCAACACAGGACCAUGGAAAACCAUUUUAAGUGGUCGUGUAUCAGAUGUUGCUUCGUUAUUCCUGAACUCAUUUUGAAUACAACAGUUUCAACAUCUUUGUUAAACUGCAAAGUCAUCUGAUCGUGUGGUAUGAUUUGCUCGUUAUGGAUUUGUGUAUGAAUCCUUCUGUUGGAGCUUUCAAAGAAUUGAGUUGUCAUUUUGCUGAUCUAUUUCACUAGCAAUAUGGUUCACUCCCAUUUUACUAAUAUUUAUUGUCAAAAAUAGGCGGUGACAAUGCCUUUGUGAAAUGAUAAUUUAGCAUUUACGCCCUAUUGUAAAAUCGCCUUUUGACUCAUCUGAGAUAUAAAUUGAUUGCAGGAUCGACCUUUUUUUGUU